UUUAGUUCAAUAUACCGAUAUUAUUUACGAUUGAUAUACGCUGUUGUUAUUAAAUUUCUUUUAGCAAUUGGUCGGCACCUUCAAUAUUGAACUAUUUCUGAUAAACAGCGAUAAUAACAUUUUGUUAGGAUACAAGUAUCGUCGACAUUAUAUUGAUAAAAAUCAUAGCUUGAUUUGUGUUGUUACUUGAGAAAGUUAGGGAUUUUUACUCAAUAUUAUGUCUCUACGACAAUUGUGUCCCGAAUUAGCCGAAAAGGCUAAGUUGGAAUUAAAUGAAGAUCCAAAAACUAUUGAGGGCGACAUACAGCAUAUAAAGGACUGGUUGGCUAAGCAACCACACCUGAAAGUAAGAACAGAUGACCAAUGGUUGCUCGCUUUUAUUAGAGGAUGUAAGCACAGUCUCGAAAGGACUAAAGAGAAGUUGGAUCUGUUUUACACAUUACGAACGGUAGCACCGGAGAUUUACAAAGUGAAACAUAAUGAACCUCUAUUCAAUACAAUUAUGGAUCUGGGGAGUUACUUGAUAUUGCCAAAGUUGGAAAAGCCGGAUUCACCUCGGAUUGCUCUUAUUCGACCUGGAAUGUACAAUCCAGAUAAAUUUUCUUUUUUCGAUAUAUUCUCUUGUGGUGCUGUAUUUCAAAAUAUUCUGAUGUACGAAGAUGAUGCCAUAGUUAUAUCUGGGCUUACAACCCUUAUAGACUUAGAGAGUGUAACAAUGGGUCAUUUGUUGCAACUCACACCGAGUGUUAUGAAAAAGAUGGUCGUUUACACCCAGGAUGCUCUACCAAUCCGCAUGAAAGGCGUUCAUUAUAUUAACACUCCUCCAGGCUUCGAAACGGUAUUCAACGCAAUUAAGUCGUUGCUGAAUGAGAAGAAUAGAAACAGGUUGUAUGUACACAACAAAAAUUAUAAUGAAUUAUACAAACACAUCUCCCAGGAGGUUUUACCAGCGGAAUAUGGAGGAAAAGGUGGCAGCAUACAGGAAAUUAAGGGAUAUUGGAAGAAUAAAAUAGAUGCAUGCAGUUCAUAUUUGGAAGAAGAUCUUAAGAAUGGAACAGAUGAAUCAAAACGUCCCGGAAAACCAAACACUUCUGAAAACCUAUUCGGUCUAGAAGGAUCUUUCCGUCAGUUACAAUUCGACUAGAUAUAGAUAUUGGUAUAACAGUGUAGUUGGUAAAUUUGUAUGAAAAUAAUUAAACAAUGUGCCUAAUAA